UAAAAAUAAGGACUGACGAAGCUAGAAAUACUGUGUACAUCAGGCUUAAAGCGUUCUAGAUAACAUAGAGCUGUCUUCGCCAAUUCAAAUCUCAUUUAGUGGAGGAAAAUUUGCCUAGCUUUCGUGAAGAAAUCGGAAGCAGGAAAUGAAAGUCGAAAGUCUUACUUCCAAUCGAUGACGCAGUGUCAAGCGUGAGCUAGAUAAAUAAGAGCGAUUCGUCGCACCAGAAUUACUCUUCGUUACUGCUCCCAAACUCAACUUCGUUACCGUUAAAGAUCCACGGAUUUACAACAGACCUCUGUGUUCUCAAGCUAUGGAGACCAAAGGGAAUGAAAAAAAUACAAAUGUGAGAGUCAUUGACACACAUGACAGAGAAUGGAGCACUGAAGAUCAUCAGCUUAUCUCUCAAAACGAAACUGGACGGGCUACUGCAGGUCACUACUUGUGGGUUAAUGGCACGACUGUUUCAUCCAAUGCACUUUGUACAAACCAAAAAACUUUUUUUAAGAUCCAUGCUACCAUAGAGCAAGAUGCAAAUGGUAAAGCUCAUCAAGUUGUCAUUCUAGAAAAUAAAAGUGGAAGUGUUGUGGCAAUAAACAAGGACGAUGACACUGUCCUUGCUAAGGAUCUUCCUAAACCUCCAAGCCAAUACAACACUUUUAAAGAAGUUAGAGAAAACAAUCCUGAAGUGCUGUUCUACAAGGUGGCAAGGGUACCUGGCAGUGAGAUAUUUUACUUCAAGUCUUACCUAAAAGAUAAACAACGAAUCCUCGGUUUUGAUCAAUCAGGAGAACCUUUAAACACAUCUCAAGUAGAUUCAAAUGGGGAGGAAAGUUGGUUUACAUUGAUAUAAAAUCUCUUGUAAGUGCAAAAUUAAAGUUACAGUUUAUAACUUAUGUAAGAGAUAUUUUCCAAACAGUAAAUUCCUUUGAGGAAAUUAUUUCACUUAUGUUAAGCUGAUUAAAUGAUAUUCAGUGUCUGACAACAAAGUUUAUGAAGUUUAGCACGCUAACAUAUGGUUUUAACCAUUCGCUCCGACGAAGGGCUAACGCUCGAAACGUCAGCUUUUGUAAUCGUUACGGUGGCCAAUUUACCAUUUCAA